ACUGAGACUCCAAACCAGGCGGAGGUCUUGUGUGCUGGGGAUCCGGUGAACUGAACCCUGCUUUGCUACUUUAGGAGGGCACCCCGAAGGCAGAAUGCCCUGUAGAGCCUCCUCCCCAGCUCUGGCCACCUGCUGGCUCCUGGGGACCCUGUUAGGCUCCACCGCCAGUGAAGCCAGCAAAGGCACUGUGCCCCGACUCCGGCUCUCCUACAAAGAUCUACUGGCCACCAACCGCUCUGCCCUCUUCCUGGGCCCCCGUGGCUUCCUGGACUUGCGGGGCCUGCACCUCGAUGAAUAUCGGGAUCGUCUCUUCCUCGGGGGCCGGGAUGCCCUCUACUCCCUGCGGCUGGACCUGGAUGGGGCUGAUCCCAAGGAGAUUUCCUGGCCACCCCAACCUGGACAGAAGGAAGAGUGUUUCCAGAAAGGAAAAGAUCCCAUGACUGAAUGUGCCAACUACAUCCGUGUACUCCAGCCAUACAACAGGACCCACCUGCUGGCCUGUGGCACUGGGGCUUUCCACCCAGUGUGCGCCCUCAUCUCCGUGGGGCUCCGGGGAGAGCAUGUGUUCAGUCUGGACCCUGCCAACGUGGAAAGUGGGCGGGGACGGUGCCCACAUGAGCCCAACCGACCCUUCGUCAGCACCUUUGUCAGGGGAGAGCUGUACACAGGCCUCACUGCAGACUUCCUGGGCCGAGAGGCCAUCAUCUUCCGCAGCCUAGGAUCCCGGGCAGCCUUGCGCUCGGACACUGACCAGAGCCUCCUGCAUGAUCCCCGCUUUGUGGCGGCUGCCAUGAUCCCGGACAGUGCAGAUCGAGACAAUGACAAAGUCUACUUCUUCUUCUCGGAGACAGAACCCCUGCCCGGUGGCCAGGGCAGGUCUAUCGUCAGCCGUAUAGGCCGUGUCUGUGUGAAUGAUGCCGGUGGGCAGCGUGUGCUGGUGAACAAAUGGAGCACUUUCAGCAAGGCACGGCUGGUCUGCUCCGUGCCGGGACCCGGUGGCAUUGACACCCACUUUGACCAACUGGAGGAUGUCUUCUUGCUGAGGCCCAAGGACGGGAAGAGCCCAGAGGUGUAUGCCCUGUUCAGUACUCUCAGCGCUGUGUUCCAGGGUUUUGCCGUCUGUGCAUACCUGAUGGCUGACGUCUGGGAGGUCUUCAAUGGGCCGUUUGCCCACAGGGAUGGACCCCAGCACCAGUGGGAGCCUUAUGAGGGCAAGGUGCCCUUUCCUCGCCCUGGGGUGUGUCCCAGCAAGACCACAACACAGCCCAGCCAGCAGUACAGCAGCACCAAGGACUAUCCAGAUGAGGUGCUGCACUUUGCCCGAGCCCACCCACUCAUGUACCGCUCCGUGCACCCCCGGCAUGGCCGUCCUGUCCUGGUGAAAACCAACCUGGCUCAGAGGCUGCUCCAGAUUGUGGUGGACCGGGUGGAGGCGGAGGAUGGGCCUUAUGAUGUCUUGUUCUUAGGGACAGAUGCAGGCUCCGUGCUGAAGGUUGUAGCCCUCCAGACAGUGAACUCUGUGGAGCCGGAGGAGGUAGUCCUGGAGGAGCUGCAGGUUUUUAAGGUGCCCACCCCCAUCACGGAGCUGGAGAUAUCUGUCAAACGGCAAAUGCUGUAUGUGGGCUCCCGCCUGGGUCUGGCCCAGCUCCAGCUGCACCAGUGUGAGACCUACGGCAGUGCCUGUGCCGAGUGCUGCCUGGCUCGGGACCCUUACUGCGCCUGGGAUGGGACCACUUGCACCCGCUACCGGCCCGGCCCCAGCAAGCGUCGAUUCCGCCGGCAGGAUGUUCGUCACGGCAACCCUGUGCUGCAGUGUCUGGGCCAGGGCCUCGACGGGGGGGCUGUGGGGAGCCCAGAGGAAACCAUGGUGUAUGGCACAGAGCACAACAGCACCUUCUUGGAGUGUCACCCCAAGUCCCCCCAGGCAGCAGCACUUUGGUUUGUCCAGAGGCCUGGCGACAAGCAUCUGGACCAGGUGAAGACAGAUGAGCGGAUUCUGAGGACAGAGCAGGGGCUGCUGUUCCGGAAGCUGAACCGUCUGGACGCGGGCACCUACUUGUGCCAGACGCUGGAGCACGGCUUUGCUCGGACCGUGGCCCACUUGGUGCUGGAGGUGAUCGGGGGAGACCAGUUGGAGGCCCUGUUCACACGGCGGCAGGAGCCCGAGCCCCACCCGGCCCCCACCUCACAGCUCUUGUCCAAGGACUUCUCCCAGCUCAUUGGUUACACUAACCUCCCCCAGGUCGAGGAGUACUGCGAGCGGGUCUGGUGCGGGGACCGCCAUCGCCGCUGCCAGGGCGGAAAGCCUGGCAAGGGCAAGAGCUGGCCCGGUCCCGAGCCUGGGAAGAAGGGUCGGAGUCGGGCCCAGGGGGAACGGAACCGGACACCCCGGGAAGUGUCGACUCCGUAGAGAUGUGCAAAGGGCUUGGGCAGGGAAGGGGCUAGGGGAUGAGUGUAGCAGAGGUGUCCUGGGCAGCAACCCUACCCAGUUCCUCCCCAACUGUGGGAAGCCCAUCGGCCAGCCCCACUGCCUGCCCUGCAUAGUCCUCAGGGCUUCCAGGAGGCAAGUGAGAGGAAAUUGAAUUCAGAGGGGCGGGUGGGCUGAAGCCAAUUCCCAAUGCCCCCCACCCCACCUAAACCAUGAGCCUGGUCAUCUCUCCUUUAGAGCCAGAGUGAUCUGUUUGCCCACUGUUCUUCAGACUGGCUUGGUGGAAGGCCUUCCUGACCCCUUCACUCCACUGCAGCCCAGCCCAGCCAAGUCUAGUCCAGUCAAACCUAAUCCAGCCCAGUCGAGUCCAGUCCAGACCUACCUGUUUUCCAAGAAAUUUCCAGCUGUGCUCAGCUGUGGUUUUCCUAGCAGCAGAAUAAUAGCUAUUCUGUGUGACCCUUGACCCAGGGACCAAUGAGGCCAUGCCCCCUCUCUGCUCCCUCCAGGCUAGUUAGCAGUCCCCGGGACAUAACUUGGAGCCCCAAGACAGGAAGCAGAGCUUGGGAGGGGGGACAUGGGCAGGGGACAGGGUGAAGUCUACUUACAUGGGUAAGUCAACCUACGAUAAAGAGCCCGGGGCUUCUAGAUUUGACUGAAGCAGGGGAACAGGCUGGACUCAGGGCUGGGUACAGGUCAUGCCAACUAGAUGUCUCUUACUGUCUCACUAACCAAAGGGCCCAGUCGACUUGUCCUACCAGAUGCACUGGAGACCAGCAGUGGGGUAGAGUCUGUGGCUGUUUAGGGUGUUUGGGGGCAAUGCCAUCCUGGGUGUGAUCAAUGAGCCAUCCAGCUCAGGAUGCCAUUCAAGGAUGGUGGCUCUCCUUGGCAUCUAACUGCACACUCUUCUCUCUACUAAUCUGCUAGGGAGGUCUUGUCCACGAAUCUAACUACAUCCUUCUUGAGCCUAGGCAUAUACUUUCUGCCUUGCACAGCUUUCUAUGGGAACAAAUUAUGUAUGUGGGGAGAAGUGUCUGUCCUCUUUGUUCUGAAACUCCCCACCUCCCCCCGACCCUACCACAGUUCCCAUGGGUACCCCUCGCCCCAGUGGAUUGGGAUUUAGGGAAUCGCAAUUCUAUGUUGGUCCUCUCCCACCCUCUGCCCCCUUCCAAUCUGAUUCUAUAACCUGAAAACCUGCAGCCUUGCCCCCUUGCAGCCACUCCUACUGUGGAAGCUGCCUCCUUGUCUUUGCCUGUGGGCUGUGGGUGCUCUGUUCUGCUUCAACUCCAGCUGUUCCAGCUGGACAGGCCCUUAAAACUUUCAGCCUCCUUCAUGGACAAUGUGGCUAUUGUUGGGAGGUGGGGUGGGGGGGGCAGGGGGAAGAUGCUUCUUCCUGAAAGCAGCUGAACAGAAACAGGAGACUGGAGUGUGGGCUGAAGGGGGCCAGCCAACCACCUGUUUCACUAACUGCCUAUCUCUCUAUCUCUUCUUCUCUCAGUCUCUUCAUGUGAGGUGGAGUCCGGGAGCCCACCCUCGGGCUCACUUGGAAGGGCUGGGUAGGUCAUGGGGGGAGGCAGCCAUUUGAGGAAAAGAAAACACAGGAUCAUUUCAGAACUGCAAAACUUGCUAGCUCUCAUCUGUCUGUCUAUCUGUUUGUCUGUUGGAGGAGGAGAAGUCGUUGGAAGCAGAAAAAGCCAGUGGCAGGAGGAGAGGAGUGGGAGGAGUGAGGAGAUGAGAAGAACCAAUGCAUGGGGAAAGAAUGCAGGAAUACAGCUGGGCCCGGGACAGUGGUGCAGCAGUACAGGAAGACUGCCCCUCUCCCCCUCCCCAACCCCAACACACACACACACACACACACACACACAUAUCCCAUUCCAGCCCUGAGCAGAUGCCAGUGACGCACUCAGAGGGCAGGAGGGUGAGAGACUGGCAGGGCUGAGAUUUCCCUCCCCCUGAAUUCCAGCAACUCCCCAAGGAAGGUUGAAGUCUGAAAUAGGUGGGCUCCUCCUCCUUGAAUUUAAUAGAAAAUGAACUGAAAUUUGUAGAGAUAAACCAUAUCUUGAAGCAGCAGGGAGAGGGGAGAGGAGGAAAGGAGAGGGGCAAGGAGGCUGAAGAUAAGGCAAAGUCAGGGGACAAGAAAGGCAGAGUUGGAUAGAUGGGCUCCAAAGGAGGCAUUUUAAGGGGAGGGGAAAGGAGGACUGAGGGAAAUGAAGAGAGGCAGUGAGGUCUAGUGGGAAGAGCAUGGG